AUGAGGUGCUUUUGUUGGGCGCUGCUCCUUGGCCUGGCCGAUGCCACUGUGCGGCGGGCCCUGGUGGUGGUGGACAUGACCGUAGAGCAGGUUGCCAACAUAUCCUACAGGAAAAAGGAGGUCAUUGACACCAUCAGGAAGCUUGCGCAGAGUGGGCAGUUUGAAGCCCUGAUCGAUUCGCAUCUGUGGUUUGAGAAAGGUGGCCCCGCUUCAUCUUUAGCAGAGAUGUAUCCAGACAUUGGCCAUGCGGGGACCCCUGGAGCCGAGUUGAUCCCUGAGUUGCAAGGCCUUGGGCUCGACUUUGUGAAAAAGUAUCAGUACUCUUGCUUUGGUGGUGGCACGGACCUGGAGAGAUACCUUCGUGAGCGGAAGAUUGAUGAGGUGGUCAUCACUGGCAUCAACACAGACUACUGCGUCAUGGCAACAGCUCUAGACUCCUUCUACUUACUUUUCCAGACGAGGGUAGUGGAGUCCGGCGUUUCCUCGUUCAAUGGACGUGCAGGACAUCUGGAAGGCGUGAGAAGCAUCCGAAGAUUUCUGGGAGAUGUUGUCGUGGGUGAGGAUGAGUUCUUGGCCGCACCGGAGGCGGUGACAAUCCAAGAGUGA